ACAAAACAAAGCAGUGACAUUUUUACAGUAUGACCAUUCAUGAAAUUAUUUUUAGUUAUGUGAGCUGGUUUGAAUGGUUAGCUUUUACUUUAAAUUCAGUUUAGUUUUUAGAUUUCUUUCCUAAGUCUUGGAAAAUCUGAUGUGCUCUUGCACCUAUUUGUAGGGCUGCUAUAAAUAGGCCCCUGUUGGCAACACAUGCAUGUCUAUGAUAGGCAGUUACAGAGAUUUUCUUCACAGACUCUGGCUCGAAAGCAACACUGACAACAUCUCAAUGGUUCUGUUACCAUUCUGAAGUGUUACUUAUUUUCUUCUCCAGGGGCUUUUACAUGGAUAACACCGUUUAAUUUGAGCCCUGAACUUUGACAAACUGUGGACGUGAACACGGAGUAGUUUCAUACUGUGGGUGAUACAUUUACCUUUGGAUUUGACAUUUAUUGUGAAUUGCUUCAGUGGACGAUGACUUCCAGGAGGCCAAUGACUCGCUCUUACUCUGUCAAUGGGAGGACAAGCAGCUUCAGUGAAGAGGAGGGCAGCUCUUCCAAUGGCCGCACAGAAAGCCGCAAUCCUUACCUCUCGAAUGUUAGGCCUGAAAACAGCUAUUCAAGGUAUUCUCACUACAGGCCAACGAGGAGCACAUUGUGCAGCGUCAUGGCUCAGCUGACCGAGGAUACACAGCCAUCCUUUGAGACCACCUUGAAAUCAAAGGCAGUGUCGGAAAACUGUAAUGUGAAGUUCAACUGUGUGGUGACAGGUUACCCAGUUCCAGAACUUAAAUGGUAUAAAGAUGAUAUGGAAAUGGACCGGUAUUGUGGACUUCCAAAAUAUGAAAUUCAUCGUAAUGGAAAAACCCACACCCUCCAUAUUUACAACUGCACAUUGGAUGAUGCAGCCAUCUAUCAGGUCUCAGCCAGCAACAGCAAAGGGAUUGUCUCCUGUUCGGGAGUUUUGGAGGUUGGCACCAUGAACGAGUUCAAGAUCCACCAGAGGUUCUUUGCCAAGCUGAAGCAGAAAGCAGACAAGAAGAAGAAAGAUCAAGAGGAGCAGACCAAGAAGGGGGUUAAAGAAAACAUUCAGAAAGAGAAACCGCAGUGUAGCCCAGAACGUCCUCAAAGGAAGCGGCACAUCCCACCACCAGAGGAGAGGCCAGCGGUCAAGGAGCCUGAGGCUGUGGAACAACUGGGAGCUGCUGCAGUACCUAAUGGUAUUAGCGCUGAAGUCAAGGAAACAGCCCCUGAGACAUCCAAAGACCUGGAGAAGGAGAUAUCUCCAGCUGAGGAAACCAUGGCCAAAAAGAAAAUAAAGAUCUUAAAUGGUGCAGAUUCUGGGGUUAGCAGCAGCGACAGCAGCAGUGGCAGAAGCCAUAUGAUGGGAAAUGGAGGGGAAAACUGUUAUGAUGGAGGAAUUGGUUUGGCACAAUUUCUGGCAGAGACUCUCCAGUCCCAGGCUGCUGAUGAGAAACAGAAUGCAUCUCGAGGGGAGAAACCUAAAGAGAUAGAUAUACCUUUUGUAAGUGCCAGCAGAGAGAAAGAGAGAGAGCAAGAGGGGAUGCGAGACAUGAAGGAAGAACAAGAAAAAGCACUUGAGGGAGAGUAUGAGAGAGAGAAAAGGAGAAAAGAAGAAGUGGCCAUAGAGAGGGAGAAAGAAAAGGAAAGGCCGAAGGAGAUGUCGCAUACAGUACCCAACAUAAAACAUGGUUCAGGAGUCAAACAUCACAGCAAGGCUCAUAAGGAUCACGACCACCACAACAUCCAGGCUUCCAUCUCCUCUGUGCUCCACACAGUCAAAGACUUCUUCUUUGGUAAGAGCAGGAAGGACUCUCAUGAUCACAUUGAGAACAAGGAGAGAGAGUUUGACCACUCACCUGCCUCAACGCCGCCAUCAUUUCGGCUGCAACCAGAGCAUAAUCAAGUGUGCAAGCCUCUAACGGAGGACGUUGUGCCUAUGGCAAUAGAUAAACCAAAGGAGCCUUCAGAAACUAUUGAUACAGAACAACAGUCAGUGUCACUGAAGCCACAUGAACAUAAGCAUGAAGACAGACACACAGACCUGCCACCAGCUCAUAAAUUGCCACCUGAGAGCAUAGAGGAGUCCACAGGGCAGAGUGUCAAGGCAGCCGAUGCUGUGGAGAAAAUAGAGGUGUCUGUGGGGCCAGAGAGCAGCGGUCCAGGUGAAGAAAUGUCAUUGUCUGGGCUUCAAGUUCUCACUGAGGCUGAAGAGGAAGACUCUCAGAUAGCAUCAGUUAUCAAAGAGGUUCCCAUACACCAGCAAGAUUGCCUCGUAGUUUCACCACAGUCUAAUCACCAGGCUGCAAGAGAUGAAUCUUUACUCAGGGAAGAAAUAUCUGUCCUGCUACAGACCCACAGCCCUUAUGAAGAGGAAUGUUCCCCCACAGCCACCCUCACUUGUUUGGAAGAAUGCUGGACUUCCCCUCACAAUCUUAUCUUAGCGUCAAACAGCCACAGCCUUGGAGAAGAACCCACUGAAACUUUACGAGAAGAGAAGAUGAAUGUUGAGAAUAUGGGCAAAGAGGAGGGCCAUUCUUCCAAUAACAUAUGUGAGAAAGCUGAAGUGAAAUCAAAGAAACAGCCGUGCUCAGAUAUAAACAGAUCUGAGAUUACUGAAUUAACAACAAGUUCACUGGAAGAAAGAAUAGAGCCAUGUCAAUCUAAAACACCAGAUCAGGUGCUUUUGCUUCUGCCUGCUGUGGCAACAUACAGUGUAGAGAGAGAUCAUGUAAACGAACAGACUGAAUGUACUUCACUGGUUCAGGAAAUGAAUGUAGGAUUUCCGCCCACUGCAGUGGCGGAGAAUUUAGAGAAGGGUGACCUAAAAAUACAGCAAGAAUGCACUCCUUCUACAGUAGAGGAAAGCCCUGAAGUCCACAAUGUUAGUUCAAACACAGGUUUUAGAAGCGGUGAAGAGGAAAGCAAAUUGAAAGAGGUAUUGAUUUCUGCUUUAGAUUUAGAAGUUAACUCUUGUGACAAUCUAAAAACACAGGUCAUUUUAGAAGGUGAGAGCACUGAAGCAAGAAAUGAGAGUUUACAGUUUGAGGUGGAGACAGAAAAGAGAAAUCCAGUAAAAGUAGAGGAGUUAGAUGAAUCGAAGAGCCUCUCAGUAACACAAAACAAGAAAGGUAAUGCCUAUGUUUUGGAUGAACACAGUAAUGUUGCACAUCAAGACAACAGUGAGAGACAGCAGGGUUGGCCCUCAGCGAAUAUCCCACAAAUCCAAAUAUCUACAAUUGAAGACACCCCAGAUAUUAAACCAACCGUUUCAGGCGUAAACCCAAAUGAACAUUUUAUAAUCCCAAAAAUUGAAAUAAUGGAGCCUGAGUUCAAAGAGUGCACUCUCCCUCUAACUAUUUUGGCACUAAACAAGCAAGAAUCAGGGCCUGCUACUUUGCAACAAUAUGAUGCAACUCAUGUGUCUGAGGUAAUAAUCCAAGAGCAGGGUGUGGCUGAUUCUCCAGGCUUGCAGAAUGAUAACAACCUCUUACCUACAGAGAAAGUAAAGGAAGUUGCGCAAUUAGAUGACGAGACAAAAAUGAUCCAGCGGGAGCCGCCACGCAUGAUAAGCAGUGAACAGCUCCCUCAGAUGGACUAUGCAUCAAUUCCUGUUAUAAAUGUUUCAUGCACUGAUGACAAGGAGGAUGAUGUAUUCGUAAACACCCAUAUUUCAGAUACACAGCAGCCUUUUGAAACAUCAUCGGUGCCUUUGUUUGCAGUGCCACCGAUCUCUGUCACUUGUCAUGAAAGUGAUUCUGUACCCAGUCUGCCCACUCAAAGUGAGUUGACAGAAACAGAAACUUCAGCUGCCACACAGAGAGGAACAAAGCAUGAUGCUGACAACACUAUGCCUGGAGAAACUCAAAGUAGAAAACAGAACCUAGAAGAAAUGGCAGAAAAGAGUAUAAAUGAAAAAAAUCCUGCUUUGUUAUUUGAAGCUCUAAUAACAAAGGUUGGUGACAAUGUGCCAUCAUUAAGUAAAACAACAGAUGACAACACUGUCCCUGAAGUCUUGAAGACAAAAUCCCUUAAAGAGGCCAAGAUAGAGAAUUCUGUGUCUGUUGAGGACCUCCAAAGAGACAGAUCAUCUGCUGAGAGACUCUGCGCUAAACCCCCGGCCCAUCCAUCACUGAGUCCUGCCAGUCUCCGCAAAUUCAUGUCCAAAGCUGCUGCAGACUCAGACGUAAUCACUGUGGGUGACCGUCAGAAUGACAAAGCAGACGAAACUCUGAGUGGAAACUCAACACCAACAUCAUCCCUCUCCUGUGAGAGCAGUCCCCGUCUGAAGCGCAGAGACAGUCUGUCGCUGAUACGCUCUGCCACACCUGAGGAGUUGGCCUCUGGAGCUCGUCGCAAAAUCUUCAUCCCAAAAACUAAAGAAGAUGGAGAGGGAGCAGUGGUUGGUGCGCUAGAUACUCAAGGCAAGAAGGAGACCCCCUACAUGUCACCCAGCCAGGCUCGCAGAGCAGCAUUACUACAAGCCCCCACGGGACAAAGUACCCCACCAAUGGAGAGGCGUUCUCCGCUGCUAAGUCGCAGAAAGGCCACCUUGGAGGUUCCAAAAGUCGCAGAUGAGACUCCCACAGACGAGCCAGUCAGCACCAAACAAGAGGAGAAACCAGCUGAAAAGAAGCUAAACCCUUUAAAAGUUUUCCCAAAAACUAAAGAAGAUGGAGAGGGAGCAGUGGUUGGUGUGCUAGAUACUCAAGGCAAGAAGGAGACCCCCUACCUGUCACCCAGCCAGGCUCGCAAAGCAGCAUUACUACAAGCCCCCAUGGGACAAAGUACCCCACCAAUGGAGAGGCGUUCUCCUCUGCUAAGCCGCAGAAAGGCCACCUUGGAGGUUCCAAAAGUCGCAGAUGAGACUCCCACAGACGAGCCAGUCAGCACCAAACAAGAGGAGAAACCAGCUGAAAAGAAGCUAAACCCUUUGAAAGCUCCACAGGUCAUCCGUAAGAUCAGGGGAGAGCCGUUCCCAGAUGCCUCUGGACACCUGAAGCUGUGGUGCCAGUUCUUCAACGUGCUCAGUGACUCCACCAUUAAGUGGUACAGAGAUGAGGAGGAAAUACUAGAGGUGAAGAGAAGUGGAGGAGAUGAAAGCCAAGUAGCACUGGCUGUGGUUCUAGCAUCCAGCUAUGACUGUGGAGUAUAUGGCUGUUCGAUCAAUAAUGAAUAUGGGACUGACACCACUGACUUCCUGCUCAGCGUAGACGUUCUGUCUGAGAUACUACUAAAAGAUGAUUUGCAAGUUGGAGAGGAGAUUGAGAUGACCCCGCUGCUGUUCAGUAAAGGCCUGGCCGACUGUGGCAGCUGGGGUGAAAAGUACUUUGGCCGCAUCAUGACCGAGACGGUGCACCUCGGGGAGGGCUGCGCUCACAAAGCCAGCAGAGUGAAGGUCAUUUACGGCCUGGAUCCCGUCUUUGAGUCUGGAAGCGCCUGCAUCAUCAAAGUUCAAAGCCCCAUUGCCUACGGUACCACGCAGGAGAGCAACCUCACAGAGAGAAAUCUACAGAUAACUAAGCAAGAAUGCAAAGUCCAAAACAUGAUUCGAGAAUACUGUAAAAUCUUUUCGGCUGAAGCAAGAGUUAUUGAGAGCUUUGGCUUUUCACUAGAAGUGAUACCUCAGUAUCUGAUGUACCGGCCUGCGAACUCUGUGCCAUAUGCUACAGUGGAGGCUGAUCUUAAGGGUGUCUUCUUUAAGUACUGUAUGAUGGAUCCUAAAGGCAGGCUGAUUACACGAACCAUGUCGGAGGUGGAGCAGAAAUGCAGCACCUUCCAGCAUUGGCUCCAUCAGUGGACGCAUGGCAAUUUGCUGGUCACUCGGCUGGAGGGUGUUGAAACAAAGAUUACAAAUGUUAGAGUUGUGACCAAGUCAAAAGGAUACCAAGGACUAACAGAACAUGGCUCUCCUGAAGUGUUCGAACAGUUUCUGACACACCAUCAGUGCAACUACUACUGUGGACUUCUUGGCCUGCGCUCACUUAAGACUAUGGAUAGUCUGCAGCAACCCACCAAGAUGAAGGGCUCCAAGAGCCCCCUGCUCAACCGCAAGUUGGGCUCUAACAGCCCACAGCUGCAGCGGAAAGGACACAGCCCUCAGAUGUCUAGAAAGGCUUCUUCUAGCCCAAAGGUGACUAGAAAAGUUCAGGAGACAGAGGACAAUAAAUCAGGUGCCAAACCAAAGCCUGCAGAAAUUGUUGAUGUUCUUGAAAUGAGGUAGGAAGAAGCACCUCAACUGUGUCAAGCACAAUUUUAUUGCUUUUAAUGGUUUAGUAUUACCUGUUUCUUUCCAGUUACCAAAACCAGCAAGGACUUGAAGAGCGAGAUUAUAAGAAAAGGAAUAGUUUGUUGACCUGACUUGUCAUAAAGAAUUACUGUGAACUUCUCAGUCGCCAUUACAGUUACAGUAGGAGACAUCUAUCCUCCAGCUACUGCUUGAAAGGCUUAUAUUAAAUGCAAAACAGCAAAGCAUGUGUUUUUAACUUUAACAGUGUGAAAAGUAAAACUGGGUCACACAGAGUUGACAUAACAUUAUUAAAUAGUUUGAAACACUUGCCUCAGAGUCUUACAGUAUCAGUUCUAUGAGUGGACAAACAACUCUAAGAGCAGUUGUGCUCGAAACGUCACCUAUAGGUGCAAUAAAUAAGUGGAUAUUGGAGCACUGCAGUGUGCGAGCUAUUUAUUUCUGUACUACUGGACAAACAACUUUCUAAGCAAUACCUGUCAACUCAAAAUCAUCAUCACUGAAAAAUCAACUGUACUUCAUACUGUUAAAUGUGCAGUGACAUUUUGCUCUUUCCUUUAUGAAGAGAUGUCAACAUUUUCAUGGUUUGAUUUCAAGAGUUAUGGAGAAUAAAACCACAGCCGCAGAGGGGGUUGAGGAAAUGUGUCCAUAUUAAACACUGCACGUUCAUCUGUGAUGUACAGUAUGUGUGUAGGACAUCAUUUUAGAGAGGUUAUGUAUGGCUUGCAUUAGAACUGCCAAUGCAGCAUUACAGGAAUUACAGAACCAUUUUUAGGUCAAAGAUGUUUGUGUGUUUAUGGUUACUAGUUUUUGAGUACUUUGUAUCUGUAAUCAGUCCUCUCCUAGUAUUUCAGAAUUAUGCUGGUGAAUGCAAAGCAAUGAGCAGUAAGGGGCUUACCAGUAAAGUCUUUAACUAUGGUAUGUUCAUGCUCAUUGACAUGCAAACACACCAACGAUGAGGAAAGCUGAUGAAUGAGUACCACACAGCAAUUUGGAUCUGACCUAUGGACUCUGGGUCGAAUAAAAGCACACUGAACAAAAUAACCAAAAGAGCAGACUCAGGACUUUCAGAAGCCUAAGUAAGGCUCCCUGAAUGACAUCUGUAAAGUUGUACAGUAUCUGACAAUCCCCUGUGCUGAACAAGAGAGCUGUGAGUUUUGCUUGUGUACAGUUGGUCAGCAGAAUAACAAUCAGAAUAAAAAGUAUUCAGUUAUCUCAUUAGUUUCAACAGGUAUUCAUGAUUAAAUUCCAACAGGAGUCAUUUGUCUUUUACAAAUAUUAAACUGGCAAGACAUCUUUAGAAAUUCCUUUAAUAGAUUAUUGGUUAAUGAUCAAUGAGAGUCUUCAAAGUCCUCCGCUCUUAAACUUCAGCUGUUGUUACUUUACAUCACUGUAAUUGCAUGAUUGUUUAUGAUAGAAAAAUUCAAAAAGAGGUUGAAAUGAGGUUGAAAUAUUGACAAAGGAGCGAAUGGUGUUAAUUUGUGGUGUCAUGCCAACAAACUGUCUUGUGUUUAUGUGUGCAUUAAGUGUGAAGAAAAAUUGUAAACGAGUGACUGAGUGAGUGAGUAAAUGAAUGAUCGAUUAAGAAAGAAUAAAUGUGUUUUACAGUG